AUGACGGCAUCCACAGACGUGGCAACGAUGAAGAUCACACCUGAGGUGCUACAGGAGCUGUUGCGCUACUACAACCUGUCUCGUCAGGAGUUCAUCCACACCUACAACAUCCGGCCGCUGGUGUACGUCCCCGAGCUGCCGGCCGGAGCCAAGGCCACCUUCGUGAUCAUGUACACACUGAUCUUCCUGCUGGCACUGGUGGGAAACAGUCUGGUGGUGUAUGUGGUGGUGAGGAAGGGCUCAAGUCAGAGCGCCACCAGCAUCUUCAUCUGCUCUCUGGCUAUCAGUGACCUGCUCAUCACCUUCUUCUGCGUCCCCUUCACCCUCCUGCAGAACAUCUCAGCUCAGUGGCUUGGAGGUGUGUUGGUGUGUAAGACAGUCCCGUUUGUCCAGACCACAGCGAUCGUCACGGGGAUUCUCAGUAUGACAUGUAUUGCAGUGGAAAGAUACCAGGGCAUCGUCCAUCCCCUGAAAAUGAAGAGGCAGUACACACCGCAGCGAGCCUACAGAAUGCUGGGCUUGGUGUGGCUGAUCUCAGUCAUGGUGGGAUCGCCCAUGCUGUUUGUCCAGCAGUUAGAGGUGAAAUACGACUUCCUGUAUGAGAAUCAUCACGUGUGCUGUCAGGAGCUGUGGAGCUCAGAGCUUCAGAGGAAGACUUACACUACCUUCAUCAUGGUGGCUCUGUUCCUGCUGCCUCUGGCCACCAUGUUGUUCCUCUACACACGCAUCAGCAUCGAGCUGUGGAUCCGCAAGAGGGUGGGGGACACCUCCGUCCUCCACACCAUCAACCACACCCAGAUCAACAAGAUCUGCAGGAAGAAGAAACGUGCGGUGAAGAUGAUGAUCACCAUCGUGCUGCUCUUCACCAUCUCCUGGGCUCCUUUCCACACCGUCCACAUGCUGUUUGAGUACAAUAAUCUGGAGCAGCAGUAUGACGAGGUGACCCUGAACGUGAUCAUGGCUGUGGUUCAGGCCAUCGGUUUCUCCAACUCCUUCAACAACCCCAUCGUUUAUGCCUUCAUGAACGAGAGCUUUAAGAAGAGCUGUGUCUCGGCCGUGUCCUCGUUCCUGCACAAGACCAGAGUGCGCAACGUCAGAGUUCAAUUCACUAAACCUCGGCUAAUCAACAGUGCUAAUGCUAACAGCACCGAACUCCAUGAGCAGACCACCUGA